AUGGAUAACACUGGUGAAGGAUCGUCCGAUUCUAGUGGAACUUGGGAACGUAUUUCUGAUAAUUCUCAGGUAAGCCUUCUUCCAGAAUUUCGUCUCUCUGUGUCUCCAAAUCUCUCGACAGUGCUCCUCCGCUCCGGACGGGGGCAUCAUCAUCUACGGUUCUCGUCCCUUCUUCUUUUUUAUCUUUUACCAUCUCUACCGCGCGCUCGCAUCCGCAUCGUCUUCGCUUCUCUUCUUCUUCUUUUCUUAAAUGUCUUCGUCCGGUCGGCCGACGCCUUCUUAUUCUUCUUCUCAUUCUUCGUUUACCUCUUCCCUUUGUCGUUUUUCCGAUCUUCGGACAACAUGGAAUCAACUAACUGGUGGCAGAAGCAGGACGAUAUCGUUAUCUCGGGAGUCUCGGGCCGAUUUCCAAGAUGCGAUAACGUAAAAGAGUUCGGAGAUUUGCUUCUUGCCGGAGAAGACUUGGUAACCGAAGACGAUCUCAGAUGGCCUCCAGGCUUCUAUGAUCUUCCAAAACGACACGGAAAACUGAAGGAAUUGAAGAAAUUUGAUGCGGGCUUCUUUUCAGUUACACCAAAACAAGCAAAUUUCAUGGAUCCACAAGUUCGGAUUCUACUUGAAGCUUCGUGGGAGGCAAUGGUUGAUGCGGGUAUGUUCCUCUCUAUCUCUCACUUUAUCCCACUCUUCGGGACGGAGACGGAAAUCGGAAAACUGUGUCUCUCUCCCGAUGUACCUGGCAGCAUAAAUCCCAUUGAUCUCCGCGGAUCAAAGACAGGAGUAUUCGUCGGAUGCUCAGCUUCAGAAACAUCCGGAGCGCUCACACAAGACCCCGAAUCGGUAACGGGCUACACGUUGACGGGUUGCGUGCGUUCCAUGUUCUCAAACCGAAUCUCAUACACAUUCGACUUGCAAGGACCAUCGUUCUCGGUGGACACCGCUUGCUCAUCUUCACUUUUGGCACUCCAACUUGCCAUCGACUCGAUCAGACAGGGUCAAUGCGACGCCGCUAUUGUCGCCGGAGCUCAUCUUACAUUGACUCCAACUGCAGCUCUCCAAUUCUUGAGAUUGGGCAUGCUCACGGAUAAGGGAAGCUGCCGUUCAUUCGAUGAUUCUGGAGACGGUUAUUGCCGUACUGAAGGAGUCGCCGCCAUCUUCAUUCAACGUAAAAAGAAGGCGCAAAGAAUUUAUGCAACUGUACUUCACGCGAAGUCUAACACUGAUGGAUACAAGGAGCAGGGCAUCACCUUCCCAUCAGGAGAAAGACAAGCGCAGUUGUUGCAAGAAGUGUAUUCUGAGGCUGGAGUUGAUCCAAACUCAGUUUACUACGUUGAAUCUCACGGAACCGGAACCAAGGUCGGAGAUCCACAGGAAGCCAAUGCCAUCUGCCAAGUUUUCUGCUCCAGCCGUUCCGAUUCUCUGUUGAUUGGAUCAGUUAAAUCCAACAUGGGACACGCUGAACCAGCAUCUGGAGUCAUGUCUCUCACCAAGAUUCUCCUCUCCAUUGAGCGUCAAAUGAUUCCACCAAAUUUGCACUACAACACUCCAAAUCAGUACAUUCCGGGACUUGUCGACGGGCGUUUGAAGGUUGUCACGGAACCAACACCUCUUCCAGGAGGUAUCAUUGGUGUUAACUCUUUCGGAUUCGGAGGAUCCAACACCCACGUCAUCUUGAAGGCUGCUGACCAUGUUGCUCCAGCCAUCACUCAACAUCCAUUCACAAAGAUCGUGACAUACUGUGGAAGAACUCAAGAGUCGGUUGAGAAGAUCUUCGGAGAAAUCGAAGCUAACAAGGAUGAUCUCUAUCUUCAAUCCUUGUUGGCCAACCAAGCCAAUAUGCCAGCCAACCUUCUUCCAUUCCGUGGAUUCAUGCUUUUGGAUAGAGAGAACAACCAGGCUGCAUUGAAGAACAUCACCAAGGUUCCAAUCACCGAGCCACGUCCAAUCUAUUUCAUCUACUCUGGAAUGGGAUCUCAAUGGCCAGGAAUGGCUAUCGAGCUCAUGAAGAUUCCAAUGUAUGAUGAAUCUCUUCGCGCUUCCAGCAAGACCCUUGAGGAGUUCGGACUCGAUGUCUACGGAAUGCUUUGCAAUCCAGAUCCAGAGCAAUAUUCGAACAACACUAUGAAUUGCAUGCUCGCCAUCACUGCUAUCCAAAUUGCAUUGACUGAUACGCUUACUGCUCUCGGAGUCUCUCCAGAUGGAAUCAUCGGACACUCGACCGGAGAAAUGGGAUGCGGAUAUGCUGAUGGAGGAAUCACUCGUGAACAAACCAUGAGAUUGGCUUAUCAUCGUGGUACAACCAUCAUGAAGCACACCGAGAUCAAGGGAGCUAUGGCUGCUGUCGGUCUCACUUGGGAGGAAGUGAAGGCUCAGGCUCCACCAGGAGUCGUUGCUGCUUGCCACAACGGAGCUGACUCUGUAACCAUCUCUGGAGAUGCUGAAGGAGUUGCUUCGUUCUGUGCUCAACUCAAGGAGAAGGAGAUCUUCGCCAAGGUUGUCGACACUUCCGGAAUUCCUUUCCACUCUCCAGCCAUGCUUGCUGUCAAGGAUGAGAUGAUUGAGUCUAUGAGAACCGCCGUUCCAGAACCAAAGCCAAGAUCUUCCAAGUGGAUCUCUACUUCCAUUCCAGAAGAAGACUGGGAAUCUGAUUUGGCUGCUACUUGUUCUGCUGAGUACCACGUUCACAACGCCUGCUCUCCAGUCUUGUUCUACGAGGCUCUUCAGAAGAUCCCAGCCAACGCCGUCACUAUCGAAAUGGCUCCACACUCGUUGAUGCAAGCCAUUCUUCGCCGUUCUCUUCAGAAGACCGUCACCAAUGUCGGACUCAUGAACAAGCCAAAGUCCGAAAACGACAAUGAACUUGAAGGAUUCUUGGGAUCCCUUGGAAAGAUCUACCAAGCUGGUGUCAACAUUCAAAUUUCGGAGCUCUACCCAGGAGGUCAAUACAAGGGAGUUGUUCCAAAGGGAACUCCAAUGAUUGGUCCAAUGUGGCAAUGGGAUCAUUCUCAAGACUGGCAAACCAUUGAUGGACGUCAUAUGGUUGCUGGUGGAGGUGGUUCUAUUCCAGCAUCAGCCACCUACAACAUCGAUCCAUUCGCUGCUGAUUCAAAGGAGGCUUACCUUCUUGACCAUGUCAUCGAUGGACGUGUUCUUUAUCCAUUCACUGGACACAUGGUUCUCGCCUGGAAAACUUUGUGCAAGCUGAAGAGUUUGGACUUCCAAAAGACUCCAGUUGUCUUUGAGAACAUCAAUGUCUACUCCGCUACGAUUGUCACCAAGCCAAUCAAAUUGGAUGUUGUCCUGACGCCAGGAAACGGAUACUUCGAGAUCAUUUCCGAUGAGCAAGUUGCUGCUUCCGGAAGAAUCUACGUUCCAGAAGACAACCAACCAUUCUACUAUGGAAAGUUGGAGGACAUUCGCACUUCUGAGAUUGCUGACCGUAUCGAACUGGACACUGAGGAUGCCUACAAGGAGUUCCUUCUCAGAGGGUACGAGUACGGACAGGCUUUCCGUGGAAUCUACAAGACUUGCAACUCUGGAGAACGUGGAUAUUUGUAUUGGACCGGAAACUGGGUCACCUUCUUGGACUCCCUCCUCCAAACCGCUCUUCUUGCUGAAAGAUCUGACACUCUUCGUCUCCCAACUCGUGUCCGUCAUCUCCGUAUCGAUCCAAACAAGCAUUUGGAGCAUGUUGUUGAGAGAGAUGGAAUUCAAGUCGUCGAAUUGAGAAACGACCAUUCCACCAAUGGAUGUAUUGCUGGAGGAGUUGAGUGCUGUGAUCUUAAUGCACAUUCCGUUGCCAGAAGAAUUCAAGUUUCUGGACAACUCUACCACGAGAAGGUGUUCUUCGUUCCACACUUCGAUACCAACUGUCUCAAACAGCAUAAUGAGACGGCUGCUACUCUCAAGGACUACACUUCCGUCAUCAAACAAACCCUUUUCAAUGGAUUCUCCGCUUGGAAGAGUGCUGGACUUUUGAAGAAGUUGAAGAAUGGAGCAUUGAUCGAGAAGGCUCUCCCAGCUCUCAAGUCAUCGCUUUCUGAUGUCGUGUUGGAUGAUACGGUUACCCGAUUCAUGCAUGAUGGAAAGUGCACUGUCCUUCCACACUUCACCGAGAUGUUCAAGAUUCAAGACUCUGAAGAUUUCGAGGAUCAAGUCAUCGGAAAACUGAAGAGUGUCCGUGGAAUCUUUGAGUUGGAUCGUCUCUGGGCUGGAGCUGUUCUCAAUGAUCGUAUCGUCAAGAGUCUUCAAGACAUUUGCAUCGAAAAUUCUGCUGGACAUCAUGCCAAGAUGGCUGCCGUUGACUUGGUUUCCACCGAUCAAAUCCGUCAUUGCAUCGAAGCCAACUCAUCUCAUCCACUUUUGGAAGUUGACUACACGUGCGUCGGAGCUACUGUUGAUCAUUUGGAUGAGAGCACUCUCGAGAUCGUUGGAGCAAAGAAGCAGAAGAUCGUUCUGGAUGAAGCUUUCACUGGACACGGAGAACUCAAGAAUAUGGACUACGUUCUUUUGGACAAGGUCCUCAACAAGAAGGCCGAUCCAAUCGCUUUUAUCGAAGCAUGCAAGAAUUUGAUCCGUGACGAUGGAUUCCUCUUGGUUGUUGAAGUCACUGCUCAGUACGAAAUCGCUCUUGCCAUCGAAGCUCUUCUCGGAACCGAUUUGGCUGGAGACGCGAAUCGUCAAUACGGUCAAUUCUUCACUCACGAGCAACUUCUCAAGAUGUUCGAGACCACUGGAUUCAAGAUCUGCAACUACCAAUCCGAUCCAGCUCUCAUGACAACCACAUAUGCUGUCCGUCGCAUUGCUUCAGUUCCACGUGAUCCAGCAUUCAUCGAUGUCGAUGACAUUAAGGAGUUCUCUUGGAUCGAGCCACUCCAGAAGACCGUCGAAGAGAGAUUGAACGAGCCUGAUGCCAAGACCAUCUGGCUUGUCAGUAACAAGUGUCGCAACAAUGGAAUCGUCGGACUUGCUCUUUGCUUCGUCGAAGAGAAUCUGAAGUCAAACAGAUUCCGUUCCGCUUUUGACAUGUCUGCUACCAAGGCUAUCCGUGAUGGACCACCAGUCUGGAACAUCGGAGACGAGGAGACCAAGAAGAUUAUUGAUCUGGAUAUGCAUGCUAACGACUAUAUGGAUGGACAAUGGGGAUCAAUGCGUCACAUCGUUGUCAAGGAUGAGGAUGCUCACGUCUACAAGGACUGCGAGCAUGCUUUCAUCAACACCCUCACCCGUGGAGAUGUCUCUUCCCUCACCUGGUUCGAGUCUCCAAACCAAUACUUCGACUCGAUGGCCAAGACCAAGUCAUCUCAAGAGCUGUGCUCUGUCUACUAUGCUCCAAUCAACUUCCGUGACAUCAUGUUGGCCUACGGACGUCUUCCACCAGAUGCCAUCCCAGGAAACUUUGCUGAUCGUGAAUGCCUCCUCGGAAUGGAGUUCUCUGGACGUCUCAAGGAUGGAACUCGUCUGAUGGGAAUUCUUCCAGCUCAGGCUCUUGCCACAACUGUCAUGGUUGACAGAGACUACGCUUGGGAGGUUCCAAGUGACUGGACUCUUGCUGAAGCUUCAACUGUUCCAGUUGUUUACACUACUGCUUACUAUGCUUUGGUUAGACGUGGAAUGAUGAAGAAGGGAGACAAAGUUCUUAUCCACGGAGGUGCUGGAGGAGUCGGACAAGCUGCUAUUGCUAUCGCUUUGGCUGCUGGAUGUGAAGUCUUCACUACUGUCGGAUCCACCGAGAAGAGAGAGUUCUUGAAGAAGCUGUUCCCACAACUCAAGGAGCAUCAUUUCGCCAACUCUCGUUCCGCUGACUUCGAACUCCACAUCCGUCAACACACCAAGGGACGUGGAGUUAACAUCGUUCUCAACUCUCUUGCCAACGAAAUGCUCCAAGCUUCUCUCAGAUGUUUGGCACGCCACGGACGCUUCCUUGAAAUCGGAAAGGUCGACUUGUCCCAGAACUCGUCCCUCGGAAUGGCUAAGCUCCUUGACAACGUCUCUGUCCACGGAAUCCUUCUCGAUUCGAUCAUGGACCCAACUGUUGGAGAUUUGGAAGAAUGGAAGGAGAUCGCUAGACUUUUGGAGCAAGGAAUCAAGAGCGGAGUUGUCAAGCCACUCCAUUCUCAUUCCUUCCCAGCUGACAAGGCUGAGGAGGCUUUCCGUUUCAUGUCUGCCGGAAAGCACAUCGGAAAGGUCAUCAUGGAGAUUCGACAAGAAGAGACUACAAAGGUCUGCCCACCAUCAAGAAUCUCCGUUCGUGCCAUCUGCCGUACACUCUGCCAUCCACAACACACCUACCUGAUCACCGGAGGACUCGGAGGAUUCGGACUCGAGUUGGCUCAAUGGCUUAUCAACCGUGGAGCUCGCAAGCUUGUGCUCACUUCAAGAACAGGAAUCCGUACUGGAUACCAAGCGAGAUGUGUUCACUUCUGGAGACGAACUGGAGUUUCCAUUCUUGUAUCGACUUUGAACAUUGCCAAGAAGUCGGAUGCUGUUGAGCUUGUCAAGCAAUGUACCGCAAUGGGACCAGUGGGAGGAGUCUUCCAUUUGGCUAUGGUUCUCCGUGAUUGUUUGUUCGAGAACCAGAACAUUCAAAACUUCAAGGAUGCUGCCGAAGCCAAGUACUACGGAACCAUCAACUUGGAUUAUGCCACUCGUGAAGACACUGUCAAGGAGCAUCUCAAGUGGUUUGUCGUUUUCUCUUCCAUCACUUCUGGCCGUGGAAAUGCUGGUCAGACCAACUACGGAUGGUCCAACUCUUGCAUGGAGAGAAUGAUUGACCAACGUCGUGCUGAUGGAUUUCCAGGAAUCGCCAUUCAAUGGGGAGCCAUUGGAGACGUCGGAGUCAUUCUGGAGAACAUGGGAGACAACAACACCGUCGUCGGAGGAACUCUUCCACAAAGAAUGCCAUCUUGCUUGUCUUCCCUUGAUAACUUCUUGUCCUGGAACCAUCCAAUCGUGUCUUCCUACAUCAAGGCUGAUAUGGGAGCCAAGAAGAGUGCUGGUGGCGGAAACUUGAUGCAAACCAUCGCUCACAUUCUCGGAGUCAACGACAUCUCUCAAUUGAAUCCUGAUGCCAAUCUCGGAGAUUUGGGACUCGAUUCUUUGAUGGGAGUGGAGAUCAAGCAGGCUCUCGAGAGAGACUACGACAUUGUUCUUUCCAUGAAGGACAUCCGUACUCUUACCCUCAACAAGCUUCAACAACUCGCUGAGCAAGGAGGAACUGGUGGAACUGCUCUCCAAGUCAACGAAUUGGAGAUGAAGAAGGACGGAGAACGUGAUGCUGAGUUGAACACUGUCGAGAUGCUCGAGAAGCAAAUGAACCAACUGUUCAAGAUGAGAGUCGACGUUAAUGACUUGGACCCACAAGAUGUUAUCGUCAAGGCUAACAAGGCUGAAGAAGGACCAAUCACUUUCUUCGUCCACUCGAUCGAAGGAAUUGCUACUCCAUUGAAAAAGGUCAUGUCCAAGUGCGAGUUCCCAGUUUACUGCUUCCAAGCCACCAAGAACGUUCCUCAAACUUCCAUUGAGGAUGUUGCCAAGUACUACAUCCGUGAAAUGAAGAAGGUUCAGCCAACCGGACCAUACAGACUCGUCGGAUACUCCUACGGAGCCUGCAUUGGAUUCGAGAUGGCUUGCAUGCUUCAACAAUCUGACGGACAAGACGCUGUUGAGAAGUUGGUCCUUCUCGACGGAUCCCAUCUUUACAUGCAGACCUACCGUAACGUCUACCGUAUGGCCUUCGGAGUUACUGGAGACACCCUUGUCAACAAUCCACUCUUCGAAUCUGAGAUCAUGUGUGCCAUGACUCUCCGUUUCGCCAAUGUGGACUACAAGAAGUUCCGUGUUGAGCUUCUUCAACAACCAGGAUUCAAGGCUCGUGUGCAAAAGGUCGUGGACACUGUCAUGACAACUGGACUCUUCAAGUCCCCAGAGACUGUUGCAUUCGCUUGCAUGGCAAUGCACUCCAAGUUCCUCAUGGCUGACAAGUACAAGCCAGAGAGAAAGUUCCGAGGACACAUCACACUGAUCAGAGCUGAGCAAGGAGCCGCCCGUGAGGAGGACGUUGGAAGAGAUUAUGGAAUCAGCCAGGUUUCGGAUGAUUCUGAUGUUCAUGUCGUCGAAGGAGAUCACGAUACUUUCGUUCAAGGAAAGUCAUCUGCCAAGACUGUCAGCAUCAUCAACUCCCUCAUCUUGAACAACUAA